UGAAGCCACUUCCAUGUCUAUAAUAUGAUCUCUCUCUCUCUCUCUCUCUCUACAGUUGAAAGAAGGAGGAGGAGGAGGGAGCACUGAACUGAAGUGGCUCAGAGGAAGUAGAAGUCGACAUGGAGAAAGAGCUCUGCAGAAACUUUCAGCGCGGCAGCUGCCAGUAUGGUGCUCGGUGUAGAUAUCUUCACUCGACUCCGCAGCAGCAACGGCAGCAGCGAGCCGGGGGAUUUGGAUUCGGCACUCGGGCCGGUUUUCAGCAGCAGCAGAACCCAAAUCCAUACGGGUUUGGUGUUAAGAGCAACUCUCAGCUAAAGCCUUUUUCAAAUCAGUGGACCCGUAAUGCCACCACUCCUUCAUCCCGCCCUGCUGAUAACCAAUCCCAACCGGCAAAUCACACAUGCACAGAUCCUGAUGCCUGCAGACGCCUGAUUAUUGAAGAUUUUCAGAAUGAAAGACCGCUGUGGAAGCUUACAUGUUACGGUCAUUGGAGAUAUUUUCCCUGUGACAUUGCUGGUGAUAUUAGCUAUGAAGAAUUGCGUGCAGCAGCGUAUGAUGAUGCUAGACGUGGACUGAGUGUGCAGGCACUUGUUGAAAGGGAGUGGAGUUUGCUGAAUUCCAAAUUAGUGGAAUUUGAAAACCUCUGUCGCAAUCCAUAUGUACCUCGGUCCAAUUCCAACGCAGGCGAGGUCUCUUCUCCGAGUUUAGUGGCAAGUGCUGGCCCACCUGUGGUUUCAACUUUCAGUCAAGCUGCAUCACUGAGCGGAGCUUUGGGAGCAAGGCCCUCCACACCAACAGUUGCUGCUUUUGGAAACCUAAGUCCAUUGGCAGCUGCUGCAAGCUCGAGUUCCUUUUCAAACUCAGGCAUGACACCGAGCUUUUUUGGUACAAACAAUUUGCAGUCGGGAAGCAUAGGUACAAAUAGCAGCCAGUUUCCAACGCAGAUGCAUGUGAACUCUCUGCCCUCUAGUGCACAAGGUUCUAAUACAAGUGCUUUUGGUCCCGUGAGCAACCUGUUUUCUACUGCAACUGUCUCCCCACAAGUUUUUAAUCCAGCAAGCAACCAAUCUAGUUCAAGUUUUGCGCAAACAACUUCAGAAAUUCAACUUAUAAAUAGCAUGCACAAUGGGACUCAACCUGGAGAUACGAGUGUAUGGCUGAAAGAGAAAUGGAAUCCUGGAGAGAUUCCAGAAGAAGUGCCUCCGGAUGCCUUUGUUUAACAGCAGCACUUCCGGAAGAUACAUACCAUACGACGAGUAAUGGAAGGAAAUUCUUUGAUGAGUUUUCUUUUAAUUUUUUAAACCCCUUGUAUUUCAAAAGAUAUAGGCAUAGAGAAAUCACCGGAUUUUCUUGGAGCAGGAGUUACCCUGGUAAAGUCACUUCAUAGAAGCAAUCUCUUCGGAUUGGUAAAAGCAUUUAGUCGAGGUUCGGUAUGCCUCAGGUGUCUGAGACGAUACGAGUUCACCUGAAUUCUUGCAUCCUGAUUGGGUCUGUUGGUAUUUGAAUCCCCUCGGGAAGGUUACGGAGUUAAAAAGGAAUAGAUGCCUGCGUAAGUAGAUAAGUAAUUUAUGUUGUUAUAGCCGUUAAGGAAAUUAUUGAUAAAUUAUUUUGAAUUCAAUUAUGGAAUACUAUGCUA